AGCUGUGUUAAUUAGUGCUGACGCUUUUUAAAAAUAUGGAGAAAUUAAAAAAUGCUUCUUCUGAUUUGUCACUGAAAAUGUUUGAUAAUUUCCUCUCCUCUUUCUAAUAAGGUCAUAGUGAGUGUGAUUGGCCGCUGUGGGGAAUCUCUCUCUCUCUCUCUCUCUCUCUCUCUCUCUCUCUCUCUCUCUCUCUCUCUUGAGUCUUAUCUGGCUGAGUAGAGGUGAAGCUUGUUCUGCUGCUGAGUUGAGCAGUGUGUGUGCAAGAGAUUGACAUCCCAGUUCUACUCAUUUUUCUAUUGACCACUGUCACUCUCGUCACAUCUGACAGUGUGAGGUUGGUGGAUGGUGGAAGUCGCUGUGCUGGGAGAGUGGAGGUUCUUCAUAGAGGACAGUGGGGAACAGUGUGUGAUGAUUACUGGGAUAUGAGAGAUGCUGCAGUGGUGUGUAGAGAGCUGGGCUGUGGGGAAGCCAUAGAUGCACCACGGAGAGCUCGAUUUGGAUCAGGAUCAGGACCGAUCUGGGUGGAAUAUGCUAACUGUGCUGGAUCAGAGUCUUCACUGAAGAACUGUAGGUCUUAUGAUUGGGGUAGACAGAGAUGUAAUCAUGAUGAAGACGCUGGUGCUGUUUGUGCAGAAGUCAGACUGGUGGGCAGAUCUCGCUGCUCUGGGAGAGUGGAGGUUCUUCAUGGAGAGAGCUGGGUCACAGUGUGUGAUGCUGACUUUGACCAGCAGGGUGCAGAGGUUGUGUGUCGAGAGCUGGGCUGUGGUUCUCCUGUGGAGGUUCUGGGAGCAGCUGCUUUUGGUAGAGGGGAGGGUCAGGUGUGGUCAGAGGAGCUUCAGUGUAGAGGAAACGAAUCUCAGAUUCACUUCUGUCCAAAAUCAUCUUCACUCAAACACAACUGCUCCCAUGAUAAUGAUGUGGGACUGGCAUGUUCUGGUGACAAGCGAAGACUUGUUGGUGGUCCUCACGCGUGCUCUGGGAGAGUAGAGAAGCUUCAUCGGAAUUCUUGGCUUCCAGUGUGUGAUGCUGACUUUAACCAGCAGGAUGCAGAGGUUGUGUGCAGCUGGGAGCUGGGCUGUGGUUCUCCUGUGGAGGUUCUGGGAGCAGCUGCUUUUGGUAGAGCAGAGGGUCAGAUGUGGUCAGAGGAGCUUCAGUGUAGAGGAAACGAAUCUCAUAUGUACCUCUGCCAGACAUCUCCUUCCUUGAAACCCAACUGCUCUCACAACAAGGAUGUGGGACUAAGAUGCUCUGGUCACACUCAGGCUCGGCUGAUGAACGGCUCAGAUUCCUGUUCUGGUCGAGUGGAGCUCCAGUACCUCAGUGAGUGGGGUACAGUGUGUGAUGUAAGCUGGGAUAUGAGAGCUGCCAGUGUCCUCUGUGCUCAGCUGAAGUGUGGGAGUUCUGUGGCUGUGUUGGGGUCAGACUGGUUUGGGGAGGGGAGUGGCCGGAUCUGGGCUGAUGUGUUUGAUUGUCAGGGGAACGAAACACACCUGUUAAAAUGUCCCAUUUCAUCAUGGAGUCGAACUGCAUGCUCUCAUGAACAGGAUGCUGGAGUUAUCUGUAGUGGUUCUUCUCUGGCGUCUCAUGAGGGAGGAGUGCGGUUGUCUGGAGGGAUGGAGUGUGAGGGGGAGGUGGAGGUGUUCUUCAGGCAGGACUGGAGGAGAGUUCUGCUGGACUCCUGGAGUGAGUCUGACGGUGAAUUUACACUGCUCCGACGCGACAACGCACAGCGACGGAUCCCAUUCAUUUUCAAUGGGAAGCGCCGCCUCCGUCAGACGCAGUCGCGCGGUGCAUCAUGGGUCCGACGCGUCGAGAGCGGGGGAUGCGAUGCGAUGAAAAGUUGAGCCGAGCUGAACUUU